AUGGAGAAGGUGAACAUCGAGCCAUGUGUGAAGAUGGACACCCAAACCCUUGAUCUUCUCAAGAUAAGAGAUGAUGUCACAUGGUACAUAAGGAAGCUAGGCUUGAGCAAGCUCUUCAAGCUAGAAUGUAGUGAGUACUCACAACUCACCAAGGAGUUCCUCUCUACAGUAGCUCUUGCCUUUCCCAACCACAAUGGAGACCAACCAGCUGGUGAUGGACUCCUACUCUUCAAGAUAGGCGAUGCCAAUGGGCGCAUCUCCAUCUCAGCUCUAUGCCAACUCUUUGGACUUCCCAAUGAGACAGCACAUGACUUCAAGGAGAACUCAAAGAGGAAACAAGCUGCCUUUGCUGAUUGGACACACUUUGCCAAUGAACCAUUCUUGCCUUCAAGGUCAAAGGUGUCUAGAAUCACUCAUCCAGCCAUUCGCUAUGUGCACCGCCUCAUCUCCACCACUUUCCAAUGCAAACAAGAAGCCAACAAGACAUUCAUCAAUGUGAGGAAGCUAGCUAAAGACUUGGAAGGCAACAAGAAGCUUUGUGUUCGUUUUGGGAGGCUUAUCACGGCCAUAGUACAACAUGUGGGGAUUGACAUUCCCAACUAUGAGCCACUACCCAAGCCAACCCCUUUGGAUCUCCAUGCUCUUCAGCACAUCCACUUCCUAAACCGUUGGACUAAAGACCCAACUCGGUUUUGCUAUGAGUUUCCAAUUGGUCCAGCCAACACUUCCCUUGUCUUGCUGCCACAUGAGGACAUCCCAAGCCUACGCUCAGGAGUUGUCACUUUCCAGCCCAAUGAGGAAGACUUCUAUGUUCCAUCAACAUGCAGUCAAGACUCAACGCCGCCUCCAAGAACGCCAUGUUCUCACUACUGGCAUGGCGCGCAUCAAGCUCUAGACCGUGUUAACAAGCUGGAGAAGAUAGUGGAGUGCCAAUCUCGCUUCAUCUCACGCCUAGUCCGCGUAGUUCGCCACAUUGCACCGGAGAGACUCUUUCGCCCUUCUUCCACCGCUAGAGAGCCAUAUGAGCCUGACCUUGGUGAGUUCUCACUAGACUCAGAGCUUGGUUCAGAAGGCGAUGACCCCAUAGAUGAGGAAGAGAGUUCUUCUCACUGCCACACAUAG